AUGGAUAAAAGAUGGAGUCUUCAAGGGAUGACUGCUCUGGUAACUGGUGGAGCCAGCGGAAUCGGGCAUGCUAUAGUAGAGGAGCUAGCCGGUUUUGGAGCUAGAAUCCAUAUAUGCGACAUAUCUGAAACACUGCUUAAUCAAAGUUUAAGUGAAUGGGAAAAGAAAGGGUUUCAAGUUAGCGGUUCAUUCUGUGAUGUAUCCUCUCGUCCCGCAAGAGAAACACUUAUGGAGACCGUCUCAACGAUGUUCGAUGGCAAGCUCAACAUUCUUGUGAACAACGUUGGCGGACUUCGCACAAAGCCAACAACAGAAUAUCUGGCUGACGAUUUCUCCUUCCAUAUUUCAACAAACUUAGAAUCUGGUUAUCAUCUUAGCCAGCUUUCACAUCCUCUCCUAAAAGCUUCUGAAUUUGGAAGCAUUGUCUUUAUUUCUUCUGUUGGAGGGGUUGUAUCGAUGGAAGGUGGAUCUAUCUAUUGUUUGACCAAAGGAGCUAUAAAUCAACUAGCACGAAAUCUGGCGUGUGAAUGGGCACGAGAUAACAUAAGAGCCAACGCUGUUGCUCCUAAUUUUAUCCAAACUGCUAUGACUCAACCUCUUCUCGGAAACGCGGGAUACAAGAAUAAUUUGUUAAGUAGAACUCCUCUUGGUCGCACUGGAGAGCCGAAAGAAGUUGCAUCACUUGUGGCUUUUCUGUGUCUACCUGCAGCUUCAUAUAUUACUGGUCAGACCAUUUGUGUUGAUGGAGGUCUCACUGUCAAUGGUUUGUCAUAUCAGUGAGCGGCAUGAGCCAUACUUGUGUGUGUGUCUCUUAAUAUGCUUGAGCCGAGACUUAUGUAUGUGUGCCAUUUUUGUUUUUGUGUCAUUCAUCAAGGAUUAAUAUUGUAUUUUAUUUGUGUUAUAUAACAAGA